AUGGCUCAAUCUUCCAAGCUUCAAUCUAUUUUCCUCCUCCUCCUUGUUGCUUUCAUGUUGCUUGUAGAUGUCUCAAUUGCUGGUGGGGAAGGAUCUCUUACCAAAGCAGAAUGUCCUAAAGCAUGCAAGUAUCGAUGCUCAGACACACAAUAUCGGAAUGCAUGCCUGGAAUUCUGCAACUUGUGUUGUAAGAAAUGUCUGUGUGUUCCUUCUGGAACAUAUGGUCAUAAAGAGGAAUGUCCAUGCUAUAACAAUUGGAAGACCAAGGAGGGUGGUCCAAAGUGCCCUUGA